AUGCUUGACCCAGAUCAGAAAGAUGUCUCCAUGGACCUGGAAACAUUUCACGCCAUCAUGAAGGAGUGGAUUGAAGACUCAAAAAAGAGCUAUGUCUGCAUGAAUAUUACAUCGGGAAGCUUGGAGGCCUUUGGAGGUGAUGUGUCUAGAGGAGACAUGGAGACUUCAGACUUGAUAACCUGUGUUGCCGAUCUGCAGUACAAGAACCAGAAACUACAGCAAGAGAAUAAAAAUCUGAAGCUCACGCUGGAAGCUGUGGAUGAGGCCAACAAUAAGCUAUUGGCAGAUAACGAGGAUCUGCGUCAACAAAUAAAAAGCACUCAGCAUUCUGUACUGAAAGCCGAAUCACUGGAAGAAGAGCUAGAAGAAGCAAAAACCAGCCUGAACCUGUCAGAAGAGAAGAGACAGCAGAUUGUCUGCCAGAAUAAACAGCUAAAUAUUAGAAAUAGGAUGGACAACAACGGACUUAAAAAGAAGAUUUUGGAGCUGUCUAAAAGUGCAGCGGAGCUUCAGAUCCAAGCACAUCUCUAUGAGAACACAGUGGUGAAUAAAGAGGCAAGCUUGAUGCAGAAGGAGGAGGCCAUCAGAGAAUUGAAGUUAACUGUUGUGGAGUGCUCCUCGAUAAUAGAGAUUAUCAAGACUGAAUGGACGUCUCUGGAUGAAACACUGGAUUGUGAAGUGCUGUUUUUACUUCAGGGACCUGAAUAUGUGGGAGAAAAAUUUAAGACUGUCAUGCAAGACUUGCAAGAGGAAGCUUCUGAAGCAGAGGAGCUCGUCAUGACUUCUUUACAAUGGGUGAAAGACGCUGACAUGAGCAUGCAGCAGGCUUGGGAAAGAAAACUUACGGUUCUCAGGCAAGAACUAGGAGAAAAAAGACACCUUUGGAUCCAGAAACUUCAUCUCCUGGAAAAAUAUAAAGAAACCCUAGAGAAAGAUUUUAUUCGAAUGGCAGGCAACCUGAGGAGAACCAAGACAGAGCAAUUUCACCUGGGAAAAGAGCUUUCUGCCAGGCAACGCGAAAUAGAAGCUGUCAAACAGUUACAAGAGGAAACUUCUGGCCAGGCGGAAGCCCUUGCUUCAGAGCUGCAAAAAGCUACAAAGCAGCUUGAGGAUGCAAGCAAACAGAUGGAGGAUCAAGUUGAAGCCCUUCACUCUGCUUGUGAAGAAGUUGCAUCCUUGAAAUGCAAGUUAGAGGAAGCCAUUUCUGAACAGCAAAAACUCAAGGACAUGAAUGCAGCUUUAUCAAGCACUUGCCAGUUACUUCAGGAAAAGGUGGAAGAGCAGAGAAGAGCAGAUCUGAUUGAGAAGGAAUUCUGUCCUAUGAUGGAAGAAGACAAAAACGCAUUUCAAAAUGUUUUAAAGCAAGACGUGGAGGUGGACCAGGAAAAGAAAAAUCAUAAAGAGCGGAGUCAGGAAGGACAAGCUGUGGUUUCCAGUAGGAAAGGGAGUUCACCCGCUGCAGGUGGCAUUAAAGGAGAUAAAACAAAGCAAAAUGAGCUUGACUUCCCAAAUGAGAAAGAAGUCGAGGCUGAAUUUCUGAGGUUGUCUUUGGGUUUUAAGUGUGACUUGUUUACUUUGGACAAGAGAGUGAGGCUUGAAAAAAGGUCCCGAGACUUGGCUGAAGAAAAUUUGAAAAAGGAGAUCACAAAUGCUCUAAAGAUAUUAGAGGCUUUAGGUCCUUUGUGUGAAGAAGAUAACCAAGCAGAGGAGAUAAUUAAGAAGUUGUGGAAAAGCCUGCAGUUCCUUAGCCAGUACGCAGCCCAGGUUGCCAGUAGAGCGGAGAUGUUGGGAGCUAUUAAUCAGGAAAGCCAUGUCAGCAAGGCUGUGGAAGUAAUGAUUCGGCACGUGGAAAACUUGAAGCGCAUGUAUGCAAAAGAACACGCAGAACUUGAGGAGCUGAAACAGGUCCUGCUCCAGAAUGAGAGAUCCUUUAGCUCUCUUGGAGAUCGAGAUGAAUCUAUGAAUAGAAAGCUAUCAAAUCCUUUUAAGCCAUCGUCAUCCCUACGAAGAUUUAGCAUUGCGACAUUGCCUAGGAGUGCUGGAAAUGCAGGUAUUGGGUUGCUGCUGGCCCAGCUCCAUGAACCUGAUGCAGAUGAGCGGAGUGAUAAAUUCAACAGGAGGUCAAGCAGUUGGGGAAAAGUGGGAGCAAAGCAAAAUGAAAAGCGUCCACUACAGCGGUGCGUGAGCACAUAUUCCUGGGCAGAGUAUGAAGAUGAACGUUCUGAAACAAAAAAUGAACAGUCAGAAUCACCUGCUCAAGUACAAGAAGCACCAUCCAGGAAGGAAAGUAUCUCUGAAAAAGGGAAAAUUCCAUCAAAAUGGAACCUAGCAUCAGUGUGCAAUUUAAUGUCAUCGUGGGUAUCCCAUUUCAAGACUUCUCUUUUGAACGCCAACAAAACUCACUGGGCUUCUGUUUCCAUCCUGGUACUGCUUGCUGCUCUCACCAGCUUCCUUACUGGGCUGUCUCUUCAAAGACCAGUGGAUGCAGCACCUGUAGGAACUUGGGACUACUGGACUUUACUACAGCAACUGUUGUCGCCAUAUACAAGACUUCAACACUAUGGACCACCCCCAGUAUAA